AGACCGAACGGGAUCGCCCGCCGCCGCCGCCGCCUUCGCCGCACCCGCCUCCGCCCACGAUGACGUCGAUGCUGGCCUCCUUCUCGCAGUGGUUCGUGAACCCGCGCCGCAACCCGCUCGCCCGCAUCCACAUGCUCACCAUCUCCUCCCGCCUCAAGAACUACGGUCUGAGGUACGACGAUCUGUACGACCCGUACUUCGAUCUGGACAUCAAGGAGGCGCUCGCGAGGCUGCCCCAGGAGGUCGUCGACGCCCGCAUCCAGCGCCUCAAGCGCGCCAUGGACCUCUCCAUGAAGCACCAGUACCUCCCCGACGACCUCCAGGCACUGCAGACACCAUUCAAGAGUUAUUUGAGUGACAUGCUGGCACUGGUGAAAAAGGAGGCAGCAGAGCGUCAAGCACUGGGAGCGCUUCCCAUCUAUGAGAGGACCCUUCCUUGAAGUUUUUUUUUUCCUUGAUAUGCUCGUGUCACAGUUUUUCCUCCUCGGUGCAUCACAAAUGCAUGAAAUAAAAUGCAGCUGAUGACAACUGUUUCUCCUUCCCAGUUUCAUGUUGAUGUGGUGGUCUAUUGCGCAUCACCUGUAGCUGUACCUCAUGCCCCUUUACAAUUAACGGCAUCAUUGGAAUUUCUGUUCCAUAUCUUUGGCGAUGAUAUAAAUAUUUAUUGUUUGAGGGAAUUGCUGACAUAAAAGUCUUGGCAACUCU